AUGGAAGAUAUUAUACAAGAAUUGAAUAAAUCAAUUUUCAUUGCAAAACAAAGACUUAAUUAUGAAAUAUUAAAAACAACAACAACAAAAAUUCAUAUGCAAGAGGAAAAUAGAUAUACCCGUUUGAAAAUAAUGACAUUAAAUAACGAAAAAAACGAAUUAUUACAGUCUGAGAUGAAGUUUAAAAACAUUGCCAAAGAUCUGACAGAAAAAAAUCAAGCGUUGCAAAAUCAUUUUUUUUUAAUAGAACAAGAAAACAAAAAACUAAAGUCCAAAAUAUUGGAAUAUCAAAAGAAAUUAGAUAAUUUUAAAAUAGAGUUAAAAAAAGAAAAAAAUAAAUUACAAUUGCUGCAAAACAAUUUACUAGAAAAAACGACAUUAGAACAUGAGAAAAACAUGCGUAAAUCAAAUUUAAAAAACAAAAAAAAAAUAUCAAAUCAAAUAAUUAAAACCAUUAAUGAAAAUACUAACAGUUCAAACACUCAUAUUAUCGAGGAAACCAAAUCAAAGUCAAUAAAAUCAAAAAUAAAGAAAAAAUCAGAUCAAAUAUCAAAAAUUGAAAAUAAUCAAAUUACAGAAAACCUUUCAGAUAAAUAUCAAGAACUGAAAGAUACAUAUAUUCAUGAUAUAAAUUCAUCUACACUCUCACUAAAAACAAUUAAGGAAUUAAAAUCAGAUCCUACAUUAUCUACAUUUUCCAUAACACCAUUUUUAGAUCGUACCAAUAUAAAUACCAAAAACCCAUUUUUUUCUCCUUUACAAUCUAAUAAUUCAAUAAAAUCAAGCACAUUAAAAAAAGAUAAAUCAAAGAUACAAAAACUUAUUUCCAGAAAAAAAAGGAAAUUAGGAACAAUUGGGAAAACACUAUUUGAUGAAACACCUAAAGGAUUAACAAAUAUAGGAUUUUUGCAAAAUAUAAGCCCUUUAAAACAUGGUGGAAAAAUGACAAUUCAGCCUCUUACUAUUAAAGAAAACCAAUAA